UAAAGGUAUAUAAUGAGUUGAUAGGCAGGACCUGUACUAAACGGUUGUCAAGCAGUAGCUCCAAAGACCACACAAACCAGGAAAAUGAUGAGAAUAAUCUCUCUCGCCGCCUGCAUCGUUGCCUGCGUUUAUGCGGAUUCUUACCCAAAGGCUGGGGGUUACUAUCCCAAGAGCUAUGGAUAUGAUUUUGGAUACGGGGAUUACUAUCCCAAGAGUUACGGAAUUGGUCCAUAUGGUAACUUUGAAGGCGUGAACAGUGGUCUGGUUGGAUUUGGGGGCAUCAACAGUGGACUUGGUGGCGUUGGAGGAUACUAUCCCGGUUUGGUCGGUAUUGGAGGCGGAUCUGCUGCCGCUAGCUCAGCUGCCGCUGGAGGUGCUGCUGCUGCCGCCGCUGCUGCUGCUGCUGGACAAAAUGCUGCUGCUGCUGCCGCUGCCGCCGCCGGAAGAAACAGUGCUGCUGCCUCUGCUGCUGCCGCUGCUGGUGGACUGAAUGUUGCUCCAUACUACACCUAUCCUGGAUAUUAUUAUCAGGGACAACAGUUCUACAACUUCCCCGGUUACCACCUGAAUCAAUUUCCAGGAAACUACUACCAGUUCCCCCUAUACAACACCUUCAAUCCUUAUCUUGGUAUUGGAGGAGGAUCUGCCGCUGCUUCUGCUGCCGCCGCUGGUCAGGGUGCCGCCGCCGCCUCCUCUGCUGCCGCCAGUCAGGGAUUCAAUGGAUUCAAUAAUGGCGUCAUUCUUGGAGGAAGAAGACCAAGAAAGACAGGACCUGUACUUAACGGUUGUCAAGCAGUAGCUCCAAAGACCACACAAACCAGGAAAAUGAUGAGAAUAAUCUCCCUCGCCUGCAUCGUUGCCUGCGUUUCUGCGGAUUCUUACCCGAAGGCUGGGGGUUACUAUCCCAAAAGCUAUGGAUAUGAUUUUGGAUACGGGGAUUACUAUCCCAAGAGUUACGGAAUUGGUCCAUAUGGUAACUUUGGAGGCGUGAACAGUGGUCUGGUUGGAUUCGGGGGCAUCAACAGUGGACUCGGUGGCGUUGGAGGAUACUAUCCCGGUUUGGUCGGUAUUGGAGGCGGAUCUGCUGCCGCUAGCUCAGCUGCCGCUGGAGGUGCUGCUGCUGUCGCCGCUGCUUCUGCUGCUGCGCAAAAUGCUGCUGCCGCUUCUGCCGUCGCCGCAGGAAACAGUGCUGCUGCCUCUGCUACUGCCGCUGCUGGUGGACUGAAUGUUGCUCCAUACUACACCUAUCCUGGAUAUUAUUACCAGGGACAACAGUUCUACAACUUCCCCGGUUACUACCUGAAUCAAUAUCCAGGAAACUACUACCAGUUCCCCCUAUACAACACCUUCAAUCCUUAUCUUGGUAUUGGAGGAGGAUCUGCCGCUUCUUCUGCUGCCGCCGCUGGUCAGGGUGCCGCCGCCGCCUCCUCUGCUGCCGGUCUCAACACAGGAUUGUUCGGUCUUGGAGGUGGAUCUGCUGCCGCAAGCGCUGCUGCCGCUGGAGAUGCUGCCGCUGCUGCUAGCGCAGCCGCCGCAGGACAAAGUGCCGCUGCCUCUGCCGCCGCUGCUGCUGCCAAUGGAGCAGCUGUUUCAUCUGCUGCUGCCGCCAACGGAGGUUUGGGAUUGAACAUUGCCCCAUACUACUACAAUCAACCAGGAUAUUUCUAUAAUUUCCCAGGUCAAUAUGGAAACUUUGGUCAAUACCUCACCUACCCAGGAAACUUCUACAACAGCUUUCCUAUCUACAAUAACUACGUCCCUUACUAUGGUCUUGGAGGUGGAUCGUCUGCUGCUGCUAGUGCUUCUGCUGUUGGUGGAAGCUCUGCCGCUUCCGCUGGUGCUUCUUCUGUGGGUGGAUUUGGAAGAUUUAAUGGAAUUUAUGACGGAAUCUUCCUCGGAGGAUCAAGACGUAGUUUCAGAAGAAGACACAGCAAGGUUUACUAACGGAUCCGGCCAAUUAAAAUUGUUCUUGGUGUUGUUUUGUUAAUUUAUAUUAAUAAAUGUUUUAUUCUUAAA